AUGCGGUACUCGGGACUCCAACUGGAGGUGCUCGGGCUGUACCGGGCCUUUCUGAGAGUCAUUCGCACCAAGCCACUCGAGGCCCAACCGGCCAUGCAAGCCCACGUCCGGGCCCGGUUUGAGGCCGGCCGCUCCAUGCCGCGCACCGCCUUUAACCGCAUCGAGCGCUCCAUCCGUGACGGUCGCAAGCAUCUCCGCACUCUCAAGCGUGCAUCGGUCCAGUCUAUCGCCUCAUCGCAGCCGUCGGCGUGACAACCAAGUCAAUGCUGGCGGUCGUCAGUCUUUAACCUGGCAACAGAACUCAUCGAGGUAGCUAUUCAAGCUUGACCACCACUGAGUGGUUGACCUCGCUGCACUCGGCCUCGCCCUGGUCAAACAACCGUGCGGCGCCGUCGAGGCUGCGGUUGGCGCUGGCGAUUCCCGGCGAUACCGAGUACUUGGACGGCGAGGCGGUGAGCGAGAGCCGCGCCAUGGCCGCGGUUGUUGCUGCGUCUUGGUCUUCGCUGCCGCCGUCACUGCGGACCGAGGCGUCGACCGAUGACGAGAGCCACGAGACGAGCGGCUUGCCGCGCGACGAUUUGAGGAGCGACCGCAUGCCGGCAAAGCCGACCGCGUUGUCACGGAGGUUGAGCUCGGUGAGCGCCGAGCCUGGGACCCGCGACUCGACUGCAGCUGCCACCACCUCGGCGCCGCGUGGCGAGAUGCCAUUGGCCGACAUGUCGAGCACAAUUAGCGUUCGCGACGUCGUGAUCGCCAUCGUCAUGUGGUCCGCUCCCACGUCGCCCAGGCCGUUGGCUCGAACCGAAAGCCACUGCAGCGCGGUGUUGUCGAGAAGCCCAUGCGCCACCAGCCGCGCCCCAUCAGCGCCGAGUGCGUUGUGCCCAAGAUCGAGAUGGCUCAGCGAGAGCCGUCCGUUGCGUGCCUUGAACAGCGCCGCUGCUCCAGCCUCGCCAACGUCGUUGAACUGGAGCUUGAGCUCGCGCAGUGAGCCGCUGUUAAAGAAGAGCCCGUCUGCCA